UUACGUCAGAUAACGUUGUUUCUAAGGCACGACGUCUAGACACAAUAUACGUCGAAGAUAAGCAAAAGCCAUAGAAGCAUUCAACAGGUUAUAUUGACAAUUAUGGGACAUAAAUAAAUAUCAGAGUAGAUGGAUGAACCUUCACUGCAGACGACAUUACGUAAGAAGUACAACAUCACUGACAGAUUGCUGGCAGAAGGGAGAUUUGUGGGAUUGAUUGGCGACCACGCUACCAGCUUCGUCUGUCUCGGCCUAGGGAUUAGGUGCCUUGUUAUAGCAAGAGUGGUUCUUAGCGGUGACGUCAUAGAUUAUGACCUCUUGUCACUCAUUCCGCUGCAGAUUCUCUCACUAUCGUACCAGAACGUAGCAAAGAAAAUAAAGAUAAGAAGUCAAUUCAAAGCCACUCAAGUCUAUCAGAUGUGUACGAGCACAAACCAAGCUGAAGUCUGGGAUAAUUUCACAUCUACUAUACGUGAAGUUUAUAUGCCAGAACGAGGCGACAUUUGGUGCAAUCUCACACUUCAGCCUCCAAAGAGAAACGAAGUUUCACCGAGAUCACUCUCUAAAGAAUUUGACAAAAGAUCCAGCGUCAGUUCAGACAAUGCUUAUUCUUCAAAGCACGAUCUUAACUUUCCUCAAAAGUUUCAGUCUCCAAAAAAUAGCGUAUCAUUUUCCAGAACAAGUUCAGUCGACUUUGAGCAACCAUCCGUGGACUUUUCAAAGUAUGAUUCUAUUUCCGCAAUGUCACAUGGAUUCGAUUUACCAUUUCUAAAGUUAGGCCCAAAGUUAUCCGAAAGCAGUGAAUCCUUACCUCCGAAAUUGCCAUCACAAGCAGCUAAUAACAGCUGGUUGAAAGAUCCCAGAAAGAAUCAAAGCAUGCUAAACCUUGAUAUCAAAUUUGAAAGUUUCGUGAAUGACUCUCCUACCCUUCCAAGCGAGGACAGGGAGAUUUCUGUCAUGGGCUUAUCCACUUUUAGUGCCGAUAAACUCAACAUUUCUAACAACUUUAUUGAUAUCAGAGACACCUCGAACACAACUUUGAGCGAUACAAGUGAAACGAGUGAAGAGUCAAGUGGACGGCUGAACAGGUUUUUCAGAAGGGUUUUUUCCUGCUGUUCCGAAAAGUCGAGACGGUCGAUGCGCUAGAUAGUUUUUUCUUUUUAUAAUUAAAAUAGAGAUAAUUUCUCAAAAAUGAAAAAGCGAAACCUUUUAAACAAACAGA